AUGUCGGGCAAUGAUGAUUACAAUGGGUGUAACGGUAGACCUAGAGGGCUGGUGAGCGGCCUUGUCAGAGGCGUGGCGGCGGGUAUAGGUCUGGCCUCUGAGAGCUACCAUAAUCACAAAGAGAAGAAGAAAGCCCAAGAAGCUGCUGCCACAGCUGGAGAAAGCUCAAGGUCGGCCGAGAAUGAUGGAGAGCAGCCGCAGCGCCACAGCUCUCACCAAAGCGAGGAGUAUGACUCUUCAGAUAGCGAUGAACAUGAUGGACCCAUAAAGGUUGACCCUGAGACAUCUCGAGAUUUGGAAGAGGCAGCGUGGAACCUUGAUGCUGCUCAAUCACAGCUGGAGCCACCGCCCGACUAUGCUACCGUCAUGGAACAAGACAUUGACGCCAAUACGAUGGCUGAAGGCUUUGUACGGAAUCAUAUGCUGCCACCAGGCCACUAUCAGAAACUACCAAUGCUUGUGAUCCUUCCGCAACGGCGGCCAGGAGACCGCGCUCGUGGAUUCAUACAUGCUUAUGCACCGCUACUACAGAGCGUGGGCAUUGACCAGACGACAUUCAUGGACUUUAUGAAAGAGCUCAAUCUGGCAACUGCCCCAUCGCCAUGGAUCAACGCCAUCAAUCUUGCAGCUGUUGCCGUACAGCACGUUCCCGAACCCAUCACAAUUGCCGUUUCCAUCGCCGCACAGGUAACCACCCAAGUGAGCCUCCAAGCACACAGCCGCUCCAAGACGAACGCCUUUCUGAACAAAGUGAACGCCGAAUUCUUCCGUCCGCUUGGACUGAUAGCCAUCAUCUUGACCUGGAAGCCGAGCAAGCCUGGCGAGGUCGUCACGCAGGUCACCUUUGACGCAACCAUUGAUCAAGCUGCACAGAAUGUUUCAGGGUCAGGGUCAGGAGGAAGCAGCGGAAUCCGUAACAAAAUGCAAGCUUCGCACGGAACCACAAACUUUGAGUGGCCCGAGUCGGCACCGUUGGUGUUUCCAACUCUGGACAAGCUCUCUGCCACUCCUGAAGGACGACAGGCUGUGGAAGAUGCUGAAAAGAAGCAACCCAACGGCAUGAAGCGCAGCAUGCUGUUUGCGAUGGACUACAUGGAUAAAAGAGCUCAGGCUCAAUGGGCCAACGAUCAUCCAGAGAGCCAGCUUGCUCAGUUGGGCGUCAAGCCCGAGUUUCACUCGCGCUACGCGGAUCCCAACCAUCCGGCUAGCAGUGGCAGCCUCUUCGCUUUGCUGACGGGCGGCGCCAUUGGCGGCGGCGUGAGCGAUCGGAGACUAGGCAAACGUGCUAGAAGAGACGCUCGACGCGAACGGAGAACAGACAGGAGAGAGGCAAGAGGGCCGACUAUCUUGGGGACCGUUGGACCUGGGGCUCUGAUUCGCGGUAUCAAGAAGUUUAUAAACGAGGUUCGUUCUGACGAUGUUUUGUAUCUCAUGAUCACCAACUUGCCGUCAGCUGAGGAGAUGAGGGCGGCUGAACAAUUCUUGCAGGCACACCCUCUACAGGGUUGA